AUGCUCCUCCCGCAGCCCGACGGCGCCAGCGCACCCUUGGAGGUCGUGCUGCUGGCCAAGGUGUCCACUGGCUUCCCCGGUGUGGUCCAGCUGCUGGAGUGGCUCGAGCUCCCCAACUGCAUCGUGAUGGUGCUGGAGCGGCCAGAGCAGUGUCAGGACCUGCAUCGUUUCAUUCGGGCACGGCGGUUCCUGCCCGAGGAGGUGACGCGGGAGCUGUUCCGCCAGGUGCUGGAGGCCGUGCGGCGCUGCACCAGCUGCGGGGUCCUGCACAGGGACAUCAAGCCAGAGAACAUCCUGGUUGACCUGGACACCGGGCAGGCCAAACUGAUUGACUUUGGCUGUGGCACCUACCUGCAGGACACAGUC